CAUAAACCCCUUAUGUUGAUGUGAGAGUGACCCAUAGCAUAGCAUGAUGGUACUCCCUUUCCUUGGGUUGGGGCUUUUGUUUUGGCCAUGGCAACGAUGACGUGAGCACCAUCCCCAACACUCCUUUCUCGUUCCUUCCUUCGCAGAAUCAUCAUAAUUCAUAACCCACUUCCCUCUUUCUCUUCUUCUUCUUCUUCUCUCCCCCAAUAUCAACCAUGGGCAAUGUCAAUGGGAGAGACGACGUCAACGGUACUCCAUCGCCAUCAGGGACCGAAGGAGAAGAAGAAGAAGAUGAUGACAACGAAGAUGGUGCCUCCGACUCUGUCACCGAUUGCAUGUCCGCCAACCCUGCACCUUCAGAGUUGAUGGGUCAUUCUCCCCCUGCUAGCCCUAGAGCCACCCAAUCCCCUUUCAUGUUCGCCCCUCAAGUUCCAGUGGUUCCGCUUCAAAGACCUGAUGAGAUGCAUGCUCCAAGCCCUUCCUGGAUGCAGACUACCUCGGGGUAUGAGGAUAUGUACAGUGAACUAGCAAUUCCAACGAUGAUUACUUGGAGUUAUGAUGGGAAGGAAGUGGCUGUGGAGGGAUCAUGGGAUAAUUGGAAAACAAGAAUGUCCUUACAGAGAUCAGGGAAGGACUUCACAAUAAUGAAGGUGCUGCCAUCUGGUGUAUACCAAUUUAGAUUUAUUGUUGAUGGACAGUGGAGGUACGCCCCUGAUUUGCCUUGGACUCAAGAUGAUGCAGGGAAUGCUUACAACAUUUUGGACUUGCAGGAUUUUGUUCCUGAAGACAUUGAAAGCAUUUCUAGUUUUGAACCUCCUAAAUCACCAGACUCUAGUUAUAACAACUUACAGCUUAGUUCUGAAGAUUAUGCAAAGGAGCCACCAUUAGUUCCUCCAUAUUUACAAAUGACGCUUCUUAAUGUUCCGUCAACAAAUAUGGACAUCCAACCUCUUACAUGCAGACCCCAGCAUGUAGUGCUCAAUCAUCUUUACAUGCAGAAAGGAAAGGGUAGCCCUUCAGUGGUUGCGCUUGGUACAACUCAUCGGUUUCUAGCCAAAUAUGUGACUGUAGUGCUGUACAAGUCUUUGCAGAGGUAAACAUAAAUUACAUGGACUGUGUAGCCUUUAAAGCCUUAGUUAAUAUAGCUUCGAGCGGUAUCGCUAUAAGUGAGAAAUUCUAAGCUCCAUGAGGAUCAUUACAUGAAAGUAAAGAUUGUGGUACAUAUAAUGCAAUUGCUUGAUGGCCAUUCAUCAUGCAAUUCAGUUUCCUUUCUUACAUCAUUUGAUGAUGCUAUUCUCUAGGAAUGUUGAUUAAACCACACCAAGAUAAAAGGGAAAAGAAAGAAAGGUAAUUUCAUCA